GUCUAGGAAAUUGCCGUACAUGGCAAAAGAGAUUUCGCAAUCGGCUCCCCUCCAUAUUCCAAACAAAAACACCAGGAGCUUCGACAGACGGAAUUAAAGUACUAACUUUUGCCUCCACGUCGUCACUUCCGACCGCCACUUCUCCAUUGUGUCGCCUCGUCAAGGCGCCAUCUUCCACUUCCUGUUGGCACUAGGAUACGAAAAGGCACUCGGGUCAGCGCCUAUCCAAAUGAGCCGGCCGUCGCAGCCGAAAGCCACAUCAUCAGACCACAACGGCGUGAGCGUCAUCCAGAGUCAGGCCCACGCCGCCGCCACCGCGUUGCUGCAGCAGGUCCCCCAGCUCGUCCCCGCUCACCCGUCAUCCGCAGGUGGCAAGGCGGCCGCGCCCAGCAAGAUGAAGAAGGCGUCGGCGGACAAGGACAGCGAGGAGUACCGUCAGCGGCGCGAGCGCAACAACCUGGCGGUGAAGAAGAGUCGCAUGCGCAGCAAGCAGAAGGCCAUGGACACGCAGCAGCGCGUCAACCAGCUCAAGGAGGAGAACGAGCGUCUGGAGGCCAAGAUCAAGCUGCUCAGCAAGGAACUGAGCGUGCUCAAAGACCUCUUCUUGGAACACGCCCACAACCUGGCUGACAACGUCCAGCCCCCCGCCUCUGCCCCGGAUGACACUAGCCCCGCCCCCAACGGCGCCCAAUGAGACACUUUGAUUGGACCGGCAUCGCCCUCCCCCCCUUUUGACUCGUACAGUCACGUGACAUCCAUGGAAUGCUGACAAUGGCCAGUCACGUGUCACUGACUCGUCCAAUAGGAUGAGACGCUGGAGCAGGCGGGCGGGGCCUCACCUGAGUAUUUGUACACCUUUUCCAAACCAGUCUUGGCAAGAUGGACUUUGUUUUUUAAACGACGCCGCUGUGUGAUUGGACGCAGGCGUCACCUGACACUCGAAACCAUCUUGUCUUCUACUUCCCGUGUUUGUUAGCAUGGCUGUUGCUCGAUGUUUCGUACCAUUGUUUACCACCUGCGCCGAGUUUAUUAGCACGUGUUCAAACGUUAUUUGUUUAUUAGCAUGUUGAAAACCACAGCUCAUGUUGUUUAUUAGCAUAUUGACGUUUCUAAGCAUGUUCCCCUGACAUCGUAUGUUCUUUUUUUUUUCUUUUUUUCUAGCUACUUUGGGUUAGCUGGCGCGUAACGGCGGUCCCCGCAGCAGCAUGAUUACAGAAUGAAUUAAAAGCUAGUUAGCCGCCGGCUAAUUAGCGUUGUGGGACCAAAACAGUCAAAUCCUGUUCAUCUUAUUUAUUUACUGAAUUGAAAGGUGACUUUUUAACGAUUGCUGAUACUUUUUGUGAUCUCUAUCAACAAACGUUGGGUGCAUUGGAUUUUCUUAUCAGAUAACACGGCGCCACCGUGUGGUCAGUCAUUGAGGACAUUUCUGCAUUUAGUUUGUCACUCGGGUAUCUGAUUGGCGUCCAUAUUGUGCUGACUUUAUAAGAGUGGGGGGCGUGUUAACUGUUCAAAGGAUCAGUGAGCGCUAUUUUUUUUCCUAUGGACUUUGUAGUUGCUGUGUACUGUAUGUUUGUUAGCAUGUAAUAACAAUAACAGAUCAUUGCUGAGCCCAUUCUUCAUUCGGGGUCCCGAGGGUAUGGCUGCCAGUUCACGCCAACCGACAAAAAUUCAUUCACUGGAGGAAAGGGUUGCGUGUCUUGGUCACAACCUCAGGGUCGUCCACUGACCCCACCCCCCCCUUUCUGGAUGAUUGGCAUCACCCCCUGACCCACUGCUGGCCCAUAGUCGGCUGACGUUACUGUUGUGUAUACAGUAUAUCACAGGAAGUCACCGCCGCCAUGAUUGUCCCAAAAUGGAAGGAUGACAAUGAUUGUAUCCUCGCCAGAAAGUGGGUGGGGCUUCCUGUGUUGUGGGCGCCCUCGCGACUAUGGCUUGCUCGAAGAUUUUUUUUUUUUCAAUAAAAAAAAAUGUAAGCCUCUUUUUGACUCAUUCAAGGUGGUCGUCAUUUAGUGGCGUUUCUGGUUCAAUUGCUCCGUUUGCUCAUUAGCAAUAUGUUGAUUCUGUGCUCAUUUU